UAUGGCUAAGAUCAAAGUGUAGUAUCUGUUCUUAUCAGCUUAACAUCUGAUAGUUCCUCCAUUGGAGGACAACAAAUGUUAAACUGAUUUUUGGAAUCAGACGGAGUGCUAGGAGCUUGCUCCACCUCUGUCGCGGGUUGGCCCGGUAUUGCAGUACCGCCGGGAUUUCGGCCCAACUUAAUAAUACAUUUUAAAAUUGCAAAGUAUUUGUUUCCCACUUGGAGUAGUUUGUUUGUGCUUUUUAAUUCAAAAGUAUUUUAACGUUUGUUAGUGCUAGUUCCACAUCCUAAUCCAAAUUAUGUCGUUCUCUUAAAUAAAACUCAACUCCGACCAUGUCUGCCGCAUCCUCCUCCCAAUCCAGCCACUCCAGGGGUGGUUCCAUCAAAACUCAAAGUCUGACAAGCGAUGGGAUGAGCAGGAAUAGAAAACGCCAGGAGAGGCGGAAGCAGCGUCUGCAGGAAAUGCAAGGUCUGCUCUACUCAAAGCACUUCUCGAAUUGCCGGCUGCCUGUAUUGGUGGCUUCAUCUUCCGAAGAGCAGCUGCUCCAACUGAAACGCUUCGAAUCGAUAACCGAGCCGCCCAGCAACAGGCGGAGCCCGCUCUUCGUGAUCCCGCCCAGCAAUUCGCCGUGGGCUCGCCUGCGCCUGGUGCCCUGUCCCUGCCAAGGAUGCCGCUGCUCGAUAGAUCCCAGCGCCCUGUUGGGCCACUAUCUGAACGACCAUCUGCCGUUUAUGGGGGUUCCGUUCUUCGAGCUGGAGGCGGGCAAGGUGACUUCUCUAACCUGCCACUUCAGCAGCCUGGAGAAGGAUGUCAACACACUAUUGGGCGUUUAUGGCUACCGACGUACAGGCCUGAAUCCCCUGAAAUGCCACCGGAACACACAUCUGCCUGCCCAUUACCGCCAGUUCUCCCAGCAUAGCCCUCUAUUCAUAUUCGCCUGCCGCACCGCGCACUCAAUGCUGUGGCAAAGGAAGCGAGUCGAUCAAGAGGUCCUGGCCAUCUGGGUGGCCACGCCUAUGCAGGGUAUGGUCAUCACACUGCGUCUGCUGGUCCAACCAACCAAAUCGUCACGCUACUACUCCAAGCAGAUUAAGGCCCGUCCCAUCGUUCCAUGGUCAGCGAGUCAGCCCUGCAGCGAGUUCAUUAAGACGGACAGCAACGUGGUCCUCAUCAGUUUUGAUGAUCUGCGACAACUAAUGGAUCUGGAUGUGUGGCAGCAGAUGCUAACCGUGGAACUGAAGGUGAUCGGCGAGGCAAGGAUUUAGUAGAACAAUAAAACUAUCGACAACUUGGAGCUUGCAA